CAGGAAUCGAAACUGUUGAUGGUAGAUUGUUAGCCUUGCGGUCAAUUCCUAGAAAGAGACGUUUCGAAGCUCCUCUUUCCCUACCAAGUUCGCUCGCAAACACACAGUCCUAUCUCGUUCUGUCCCAGGCCGCAGGCCUUAAGCGCAGGCAAGAUGCAGGCGCCUGUGGUGGUCAUGAAUACGGGGAGUGGAGAGAGGCAAGUCGGAAGAAAAGCGCAAAUAUCCAACAUCACUGCUGCGAAGACGGUUGCGGAUAUCAUAAGAUCAUGUCUUGGUCCCAAAGCGAUGUUGAAGAUGCUCCUCGACCCUAUGGGCGGCAUUGUCCUGACGAACGACGGCCACGCCAUUUUGCGAGAAAUCGAGGUUGCGCACCCUGCAGCCAAAAGUAUGAUUGAAUUGAGCAGAACACAAGAUGAAGAGGUCGGAGACGGAACAACGACCGUGAUCAUAUUAGCCGGUGAAAUACUCGCACAAGCCCUGCCCCAACUCGAACGAAACAUUCACCCUGUCGUGAUCAUUCAGGCCUUCAAGAGGGCCCUCGCAGAUGCCCUGGCAAUUGUAGAAGAGAUUUCCAUGCCGGUGGACACAUCCAACGACAAAUCCAUGAUCUCCCUCAUCGAAUCCUCCAUCGGAACAAAAACCAUUUCCAGACAUUCCGAACUUAUGUGCUCAUUAGCGUUGAAAGCGGUCCGAACGGUAUCACAAGACCAGUCCUUUUUCUCAAGUGGCGCUCCGACGAACGGCGCUGGCAAACCCCAAACAUCUACGAAUUCCACAAAACCUCAAGAGAUUGACAUCAAGCGUUAUGCUCGUGUUGAGAAAAUUCCGGGCGGAGAAAUUGAAGACUCGCGAGUACUAGAUGGUGUCAUGCUGAACAAGGAUAUCACACACGCUUCGAUGAGACGUCGGAUAGAGAAUCCCAGAAUUGUCCUUUUGGAUUGUCCGCUCGAGUACAAGAAAGGCGAAUCGCAAACCAACAUUGAAAUCACGGACGAAGACUCGUGGAACAAGAUUCUCCAGAUUGAAGAAGAGCAGAUCAAAAAGAUGUGUGAGGCUAUCCUGGCCGUCAAGCCCGAUCUGGUGAUAACCGAGAAGGGCGUGUCAGAUCUCGCGCAGCACUACUUCGUCAAGGCCGGGGUCACAGCGCUCAGAAGAGUACGGAAGACAGACAACAACCGGAUUGCUCGUGCGACUGGUGCAACAAUCGUCAAUCGGGUGGAUGAUUUGCAAGAAUCCGACGUUGGCACGGAAUGUGGUCUUUUUGAGAUUGAAAAGAUUGGCGACGAAUACUUCACCUUCUUGACGAAAUGCAAAAACCCGAAAGCUUGCACCAUUCUCCUCCGCGGACCAUCAAAAGACAUUCUUAACGAGAUCGAACGGAAUCUACAAGACGCCAUGUCAGUCGCCCGAAAUGUCAUGUUCCAUCCGCGACUUUCUCCUGGCGGUGGUGCUACUGAGAUGGCCGUUUCGGUACGACUGGCACAGAAGUCCAAGUCUGUCGAAGGCGUCAUGCAGUGGCCUUACAGAGCAGUUGCCGAGGCGAUGGAAGUCAUCCCACGGACGCUGAUUCAGAAUGCUGGCGCCAGCCCUAUCCGCAUAUUGACCCAGCUGCGUGCCAAGCAGGCGGAAGGAAAGUCAACGUUUGGCAUUGACGGCGACACCGGCAAUGUGGUCGAUAUGAAGGACUAUGGCGUAUGGGAACCGCAGGCCGUCAAGACGCAGAGUAUCAAGACCGCAGUCGAAAGUGCAUGCUUGCUCCUCCGCGUGGACGAUAUCUGCGGCGCAAAGAGUGCGAAGCAAGUUGGUGGGAGUGGAUUAUCAGGCGGUGCUGGAGGUGAAGAAUGAUACGACCAGCCUUGAUCGAUGUAAUAUUACAUUGAUGUGUGUCAUGAAACUAGAAGACCAUGUAUACCCAGACAGUGAAAAGCAUGAGAUUCAAAUCGGCAA